CCUCCAGUUGCUGCUGGCCAGCCCGUCCCAUUUUCUUCAUGUCGCGCUCUCACCAUUUUCAUAUCAAACAAAGUCUUGAUUUCUUCUCCAGUUUCUUGCGCCAUUCUACUGAAACCAAAAAUCUUACGCCCAUUAAGAAGCUUCACGCCCACCUGAUUAGAACCCAUUUCCAAUUUUUCUCACCUAGCCUUCACACUAAGCUCAUACUAUCCUACUCCCGAGCCAACCCCAAUUUCGGUGCUCAAAGUUUAAGCAGCCUCUUCAAAUUCAUCAUCCCCAGAAGUUCUUUGACCUUUAACAUAAUAAUUGCUGAUUUUUGUCGUAAUGGGUCUGCGGAUUUUGCGUUAAUGGCGUUCUCUUUCAUGCAUUCCAAUGGGGUUCCUAUCGAUUCAUAUGCCCUGUGCAGCACUUUGAGUGCUUGUUCUCUUGUUCAGAAUGUGAUGUUUGGAAAACAGAUGCAUGCCUUCGUGGGGAAAUCAGGUUGGUUAUCUAGUGUUUUUGUGGGUAGUGCGAUUGUUGACUUGUACGCCAAAAAUGGGCUAAUUGGUGAUGCAGUUGAGGUGUUUGAUGAAAUUCCCAUGAAGAAUACCGUGUGUGCGAAUGCACUACUGGCUGGAUACGGCGAGGCCAAGAUGUGGGUCGAGGGACUUGAAUUGCUUCGUAAGAUGUACGUUUUGGAUUUGAAGUACGACCACUUCACUUUGUCAGCUUCUUUGCGUACCUGCGCUUGUUUAUCUGCAAUUGCAUUAGGUAAGCAAGUGCAUGCUUAUCUACUACGAAUGAUUUAUGAUAUUCCAAGUGAUGUGCAUCUACAAAGCACAUUAAUUGAAAUGUAUGGAAAGAGUGGCAUGGUGGAAAAAGCAUGGAAUGUCUUCAAUUUCGCUGGGCUUGAACAAAAAGAAGAUGGGAAAAGGGAUAUUAUAGUGUGGACUUCAAUCCUUAGUGUAUAUGGUAGAAAUGGAUGUUACAAAAGAGUAAUUGAACUGUACAGCCAGAUGUUGAUGGAAGGGAUCAAACCAGAUAGGGUGGCUUUUGUGACAGUCAUAUCAGCUUGUGGUCAUACUGGUGAGGUGGAUCUUGGAAUCAAGUAUUUUGACUCCAUGCAAAGUGAUUUUGGGUUGCAACCUGGUCAAGAGCACUACAGUUGUUUGGUUGACUUGCUCUGUAGAGCUGGGGAAUUGGACAAAGCAUGGAAGCUCGUAAAUGAUAUGAAAAGUCAGCAUUGCAAUGUUUCUCUGUGGGGAGCUUUGCUCCGUGCUUGCUUGGAACAUGGAAAAAUUGAGUUGGGUAAUUUGGCAGCUCAAAAGGCACUUGAAUUGGAUCCUCAGAAUACUGGGAUAUUCGUUAUGCUAUCAAAUCUAUAUGCUAUUUUUGGGCUGUGGAAUGAGAUAGAGCAUUUGAGGGAAUUUGUGAGUAAAGAAGGGAUGUGUAAAGAUGUUGGAUGUAGUUGGAUAGAGAUCACAAGUUGAACAUUACUCAAAUAGCCUUAUGUAAAAGUUAAACUGCUCAAAAAACCUUAUUUUAUGAGGAAAUGAUUUAUUAAGAGAUGCUAUGAAGAUUAUUUCAUCGAGCCUAAGAGAAAUUUAGCUUCUAUCAUAAUUAUCCAGCAUUUAACUCAAGUGUUAUGCCAAUUGAUAUAAGAGAGUCUACUGAACUGUAGUAAGCAAAAUAAGAGGGAAGGACUACAAGUUCUCAGACUAUUCGAGAGGUCUAAAGCUCUCCCUCUACUUAUAUCAGUACCUGUUCUAACUCCCUACUGCUUAAAUCAGCUAUUUUAUAUGAAUGGGUCCCACUUCCCUUUGGUACAAAAGAUGCCCGCCCAGUUGAAUUAACUGAAUAGUCGCACUCACUCCCUCCCUUCCUCCUCCUAAAGUAUACUUGAUGGGUAGUUUGCCAAUCCUUCAUCUUGUUACCUGCUGGCUUGGCUUUCCUCUCCCUGUCUUGGUCUUGUCAUGUACGUCUUGCUAUCUAUAGUUUUGCAUUUUACAAUGCAACAAAGUAAAUGAUACUGUUAUAUGAAUGCUAGGUCAGUUACAAAAUGCUGUGAAGAAGAACAGAAUAUCAGUGCCAACGAAGAUUAUAUCCCAGGCCAGGCACAGUGAGUUGUAAACUAUUAGCACAUUGCAAAAUCAUCAAGGCCUUAGACAACUCAAGGCUGGGCUACCAGUGUUCUAAAGGGAACAUCCAUUUUCAAGGGAAAAUAAUGGAAGGUUGUGUCAAUCAUCCCAUCCUUCAUUCUGAUUCUAACAGUAUUACGAAACUUAUCAAGUGAUCAAGCAGACAUGAGAUGUAAGCAUUGUUCAAUACAUUUAACUUGCAAAUACAAAAUUUUAUAGGGUACGUUUGGCUUGCUUGUCCAAAUUCAUAACAGUUACGUGGCUUUUUCGUUGUGACUUUUUUCGUCGGUCAGAUUUAAUGCAACGGCAGAAUGUUUUUAAUAGAAAGUAUUGUCUUAACCCUGCUUCUUAGAAGUGAUGUUAUCUUCAAUUGUACUCUUUUUUUCAGUUAUUGCUUUGCUUUCUUCUUUCUGAAACAUAUAGACAUGGCAUAUUAAAAAAUUAUCAGAGCAAAGUUCACAGGAUGUUGCAGAAUACACAUGAUCAAUCACAGACCUUUCUCCAGUACUUGACAUUAAAUGGGGAUGGGACCCGAUGGCCCUGCUUUUGGUUUGGACCUAUACCUGCAUGUGCAGUCAUGUUCAUUGCGACUUGAUUUCAUAUCAAUCUCGCCCUUGUUUCGCACAUUUGCUUACGAGUUUGAGUUGCUGCAGAUGGAUCACAGCCAAACCCCCAACCAGAAAACUACCCCGGUGGCCUGCUGCAGGCUACAUUUUCAGCACGCCCAUCAUACCGGUCGUGUUUACAACAACAUUCCACAUGGAGUUAAGCUCUGCUCUGCUAGUACUAGGCCAGGCUGCCAGAGUCGAAAUGUUCGUCUCUUUCCGGGUUCGAACAUCUGAUCGAGCAGGUGGCGGGGGCGAGAGUAAUAGUAAUAAGAUCAGAAGUAGCAAGGCAGGGGGAAAGGAAAGGCAAUGAGAGGGAUAUGGUUAUGGUAAAGUAAAAGUGGCAGUUUUCAAGCAGUUGGGGUUGAUCUGCCUUACUAUGUUGUCUUCUUCACAAGAAGACUUGGGGACAAGAGUAACAUGGCCUUCCAUGUGCCAAACACAAGGAAUAGUCCCCAUCAAACCCUCAAAAGAAUAUCCCUUUUACUCCAUUGGCUCACCGGGUCACCGCAUUCGGCCCUUCCACUCUCUCUCUGCCUGUUAUUUUUCCACCAUUCAAUUUUUUUUUUCAUGUAACAUGGAGGAUUCUCUUUUAUGACAGUGACCCAUUUUUCCUUUUCAUCCAUUUUCACUCACCCAUUUGUUAUUUUCGAGUUUAAUGGUAGUUUAACAUCGUGUCGAGUCGAGAGGUUUUGUAUUCGAAUCUUUAUAACAUCAUUUCCUUUCCUAUUAAUGGCCAAAGCCUAUAUAUGAGAGGAAGUUGUGAACUUUCA